AUGACCAUCCACACGGUUCUAACGAACACGCUCAAGUUGCGUGUGCCCCUUGUGAUGGGUGGUAUGCAGUGGGUCGGCAAGCCGGCCCUGGCUGCUGCGGUCUCGAAUGCCGGGGCUCUGGGCAUGCUGACGGCUCUGACGCAGCCGACGCCGGAGGCGCUGCGUGCGGCGAUUGAAGAGACUCGCUCGCUGAUUGACCCGCAGAUUGCCAAGGAGCGCUCUCAGUACGGUGCCUUUGGUGUGAACAUUACACUCCUGCCUGCCAUUGUGCCCCCGGACUAUGAGGGAUAUGCACGUGCGGCACUGGAAGCCGGUGUCCGGAUCUUUGAGACAGCCGGCAGCAACCCUGAGCCGGUGAUCAAGGUGCUCAAGCAAUCGGGCGCUUUCGUGAUACACAAGUGCACGGCGAUCCGCCAUGGACUUAAGGCUGCGCAGCUCGGUGCGGAUAUGCUGAGUAUUGAUGGCCUCGAGUGUGCGGGACACCCCGGUGAGGACGACAUUGGUGGUUUGGUGCUCUUGGCCCUCGCCGCCGAAAAGUCGCCUAUUCCGUUCAUCGCAUCGGGUGGCAUGGCCAAUGGCCGCAGCCUGGCGGCUGCGCUUGCGUUGGGGGCCUGUGGUGCCAACAUGGGCACGCGUUUCAUGGCGACCCGGGAAAGUGAAAUCCACGACAAGAUCAAGGCGCACCUGGUCCAGUCGUCGGAGCGCGACACGGUACACAUUAUGCGCAGCCUGCGCAACACGGCGCGUGUCUACAAGAACAAGGUCGCGCUGGAGGUGAUCGAGAAGGAGAAGCAGCGCGCGCAGUUCGCUGACAUUCGCCCGCUCGUGUCGGGUCAGCGCGGCAAGAAGGUGUACGAAAACGGCGAAGUCGAUGCGGGUAUCUGGACGGCUGGCCAGACGGCGGGUCUGAUUCACGACAUUCCCACGUGCAAAGAACUCGUGGCCCGCAUUGAGCGCGAUGCCGAGCAGGUCAUGACACAGUCGGCUGCCCUCAUUACCCCCUCGCCCCGUUUGUAG